AUGGCCAUGGAGUGUCCUACUUCGAAAGGCGACUUUACGGCGUUCAAGGAUGUCAUCCAUGGUGCCGCUCGGCGAAAGGAUGAGAGCCUCGGGCAGUUUGCUACUUGCCGGAUUCGGGAUUUUACGAAGGCGGCGACCUAUGGAAUCACUCUGCCUCCCGAGUUUCGCGUCUUCUUGAUGAAGGGCAAGGAGACGGACGUGGACUUCCUCGCCGGGGUCAUGGCAAGAAGGAUGUGCGGACUGAUCGGCUCUCUGGCUACGCUGCAGGACCUGAACUUUUCCGAAGACCAGGCGCAGAUGGAGGACGUGGAAGGAGAACGAGAUGUCAAAGCCGAGGCUAGAAAGGAACCGCCGGGCGAAAUGGGUACCAGAACUGCCCGCGUCACGGUCGCUGCUCCCCCAAUCCCCGUGGGUGGUCCCUGGGAGUCCGUCGGCACCUCGAUGUACCUUCAGGUCCUGCUUGGCGCCGAUGUCCAGGAUGGCAGUGCCGGACUUCAGCGUCAGGAAGUGAAGGUGAGCAUCUCCGGCACUUCAAUGUCCGUAACGGUCUUCGCUGCGGACACAAUCUUGCGCCACUCAGUUGCGGUAAAGCCCACAGAAGAGGCUCGGGAGCGUUUUGGUCUGUCCGAGGACUCGUUCAUGCUGACGUCGAAGAGCAAGCUUUCCUCCGCGUACGCAAAACAAAGCGAAGCUCUGGGAGAUCACCGCAGCGUGCACAUCACUUUUGGAUGUAGGACGUCACAUGACAUGAAGUCUGACAGUUCGCAGUCUCGGAAGCUCAGCCUGUGCCAGCCCUUCGUUGAGAGCAAGCUAGAUGAAGUGCAGUCAUCCGCUUCUGGUGAGUUCGUCAAGUCUGAAAGAGAACAUCCUGUGGCGCGUUCAGCAGCUUUCGGCCCUAUGAGUCGCUCCCUCGCGGAGCAGAGAUGGCGGACGUUGGUGAACCGGUUGUUCUUCAUGAUGGAGACCACCCGCAUGAUGUAUGUGCGAUUGGUGAUGGCAGAGAAGGGGCAGAAGUCUGUCAAGUCCGACAGGCGCACCUACAUCGAGUCCGCGAACCAAGCCCCCGGCAAGUGCCUGCACGCAGGGCCACACAUCAAUCGUGGGAACCAAUACGCCAGCUGGCAAGUGUGCAAGGUAUGCAACGCCCGGAUCAACUACGCGAGCCGGGGAAGGAGCAAGGCCAAGCCCAAGGCAAAGGCAUCCGGAGCUGCAACGGUGACCUCAAUGGCCCCUACGAGGACGCAGGGUCCAAUCUUCGAGCCCAAUCCGCGCAAGAACACUCCAGUGGAGGCACCACCGGCAGCGACUUCCAGCUCCUCGGCGACCCCACCGGAGGUGGCCACUGCCUUGCAGAUGAUGGCGGCCGGCUUCCAGCAGCUGAACUCCACGAUGGCGGAGCUCAUGAAAGGCCAGAGCCAGAUGAUCAUGAUGAUGGCCAACGCGGCGCCGAACAAGCCGUUCGACCAGAUGACCUUCGACGAGACCUCCAAGAUGGCCGCCCAGGCGAUGACCGAGCACUUCGCGAUGAACGUGGACGAAGAGGACGACGAGAACGGCAGCUGGUCUCCGGUGGCACCCCAGGAGGCGAACAUCUUCGGCAUCGGGGAGGUGGAGAGAAUAGCUGGAUCGUCCACUACGAGGCCAAUCCCGGAGAAGAUCAAGGAGGACCUGGACAUCUUCAACAUCCCUGGGUUCAUGUGGAAGCAACAUGUCCUGUCGGGUCUAAGGUGUUAUGGCAUGAACUACGCGACGGAGAUGGACGAGUUCAAGCCCGAGGCCCUGGAGAGCCACGAUGGGAAGACGCGGGAGAAUGUCCUCAAGCGCGUGGCCCACCUCUUCUACAUGCACGACAUCUCCAUCGGCGUCCACGGCAUGAACGCAAAAGGGGAGGAAUCACCCCGUGGGCCCUUUUGGCAUUUCUCAGCAGAGCUGAUUGGGGAGAACGAGCUCGGUGAAGUCGCGGUGGCCAUGCACAAGGACGGCGAUGAAGCCCUUCGGCGACUGGCAGGGCUUGCCAGAGGCCGAUCCAGAGAAGUCCAGCAGAACCAUAUCGACAACCAUAUCGACAUCCUCGAAGUCUUCCAUGCCGGUGCCUUUUCCGCGAUGGCCCAGCAGAACGGACUCAAGGUCCUGGAGUGUCCUAAUCGAUACUCCAAGGAGAAUGGAUGGUCAGGCCUGGAGAGCAAGCAGCGACGACAACUACGACAAGCGCUUCGCGACUACCGGCCUCGGCUGGUGACGAUGAGGCUGGAGCCAGCCGAGGACAGCCCUCGGGGCAAGUCAGAGCAGGAUAAAGUGAGCCAGGUCAAGGAGUCCGUCCAAGGGGCCCUGGCGCUGGAGGUCGCGGAAACCCAGCUCAACCACGACGGCUACUUCCUUUUGGAGGCUCCCCGGAUCUCCGAUCUUUGGAGGUCCGACCGAAUGGGCCAGCUUAUGGCUCUCCCGGACCUGGCAGUGAUCCCGGGUGAGUUGGGAAAUCAGCUCAUCACGAAUGACCUAGCGAUCUCGCAGAACAUGAUGUCGAUCGCGAGAGAGAAGCUCCCAUCGCAGGAGCUCCCAAAGCGCGGGGAACUCCGUGCUGACGAUGAACCAGCAGCGACUUCGGCGUCUUGCAAGUCGGACAAGGUUUUUCGUAAGGCUGAGACGCUGGCUGGGGUUCUUCUUCGCCGAGGGGAUUUCUCACAUCAAGCAUGUCGUCGGCUUUUGAAAAGCAUUCCGUGGAAGGAGCUACCUCUCGGCAAGAGCGGCACCUCACCACUCGCUCGAGAACGCCGUUGCACGUUGACCCUGGGCCAGUUCACUCAUGGUGGAGUAGGAGGCAUCACCCGAGCGACCGAGUUGAUCCCUGAGGCCACCAGGUUUUUCAAUCAGUAUCUUACUCUUCAGGGAGCGACGGGGCCGAGGUCUUCGUUGACGAUCGGGAUCAACAGCUGCCUCUCGUACCACCGCGACGUCCACAACGUCGGCAUGAAUAGCACGAUAGCGCUCGGCCAGUUCAGUGGAGGACAAGUGUGGGUGGAGGAUCCAGAGGGAUCAGACUGGAGAGAGGUCAGCUCAGACAGAUGGGUGAGGGGCCGGGUACAUAAGACGCACCACCGGCUACUGAGCUUCUCACCUAAGGACCUCCACCGAGUUGAGCCCCACCGUGGAGAACGAUGGAGCAUUACUGGAUUCCAGACGCGCUCAGCAUGCAGGUUAUCCAUUUCUGGACAAGCCGCCUUAGGAGCGCUGGGAUUCAAUCUGCAGGGAUAUGGGGUCUCGGCUCAACAUCAACAUAGCCGCGAUUUGGCCCUCCUGGAUGCUUCUUUCUUCACCACGAGCACAACGACUUACCGACCGCCACCCGAGAUUCUCCACCGCAAGAACUACAACUUCGUCGAGACCGGGGAAGACACGGAUGGCGAGCCCAGCAACGAAGGUGAAGUUACCACGGAGGCCCAAGGCGAACAUCGACCACGGCUACGAGUCUCGGAGGAGCAAAAGAAGCUCGUCCGAAAACUCCACGUUAACACGGGACAUCCCCCGAUGGAGAGAUUCUUGAGGACGAUGCGUGCCGCCGGCGCCCUUCCGCACGUCUUAGAGUACAUCCGAGACCACUUCAAGUGCGACGACUGCGAGAUCAAGGUAAGGGCAGAUUCCCGACGACGUGCCCAGUGUCCCAGGCUGUACACGUUCAAUCGAGUGCUGUCCGUGGACAUCAUGUAUCUUCGCUUCCAGGAGAAGCAGAUCCCGAUCAUGAACAUGGUCUGCACAGGGACCAACUAUCAUGUGGCCGUUCGGGUCCCCGGCUCCAAUGGAACUCCAAGCUCCUCUUCAACCUGGAAGGCAUUCCUCGAGACCUGGGUCAGGUACAUCGGAGCUCCGAGCUUGGUGAUUAGCGACGCUGGGAACGAGUUCAAGGGAGCGUUUGAAAGGGGGCUGGAGCAGCUUGGAUGUCUGCAGCAUGUUUGUGCCGCCGAGUCCCCAUGGCAAAACGCCAAGUCAGAGCGGCAUGGCGGAUGGCUGAAGAGGAGGCUAACCCAGGAGGUGGAGUCAGGCCGAUGCAUCUUUGACAGCCUUGACGAGCUCGACGAGUUCUUGGCCCAGAUCACGGCAGCGAAGAACCGUUGGUGGAACCAAGGGGGACAUUCUCCGGUGCAGCUUGUGUUCGGAGAACUUCCACGUGUGUCGGCAGAGCUCCUAAGCGACGGACCGGGGGGACUACAACCCCUGGCGGACUCACUACACGAUCCCGCCGGAGGAGACGAGGUUGGUGUGGAGUUCCGGCGGAGAAUGGCUAUCCGCGACCGGGCGAGGCAGCUGGCAAUGGAGAAUGACUCCAAGGAGGCCAUCCAGAAGGCGAUCAAGACUACCACGAGCCCGACGCGCAGGUGGAACAUUGGACAGUGGGUCUACGUCUUCCGCCGGGCCAAGCCAGGAGACUCACUUCAUCCUACAUCAAGGUGGGUUGGACCAGGGCUCGUGAUUAUGAACUCCCAAGGGAUCGUCUGGGUUGCUAUGCGAACAAGGUUGUGGAGAUGUACAUCCGAGCAGCUGAGGCCAGCCUUCCCCUCGGAGGUUCUAGGGAGCCAUUGGAGCUCGGACCCGGAACUGGCGGACUUGCUGCGGAAAGUCACCUCCAACACGCGAGCUGGGGCGAUAGACGUCGCCCGCGAAGGGCCUCCACCGAGGAGUGGCGACGAGCAAGCACCUGUCGAGCAGGUGGUUCCAGAUGGGCUUCCGGUGGAUGAGACCCAAGCAGUACGGCGAGCUGAAUCCACUCUGCCGCCAGGGGAGAUGCCCGGAGCACCAGAAAGUUUUCUUCCUGUGCCACCAGGUUUAGUGGGUCCACACAAGGAGCACCGACACCGGAGAUGGAUCCUCGUCUUCACGGAGGUGCUCAAUCGACAGCUACCUCCCGAAGAUCCUCCGUGGAGGAGCCUGCGCAGGAACCAGAGGUGCCAACUCAGCUGGAUCCGAUAG